AGAGCGUCCUUGUGCUCCUCGGUUCAGGAGUAGGCCGCGGCGAGGGAGAACAUGGCGCCUGCGAAGGCGAGGCGCGUGAAGACGGGCGCCAAGGUCCCGCCAGAGAGUCAGGAAAUGGAAGCGCCCCCUGACCUGGGCCGCCCAGAAGACAACCCAAGACUGUAUAAUCCUGCGCAUCACCCCUUUGCGGGACUCUUUGAUGAGGACACGAGGAACACGUUCUACAAUAGGUUGGAAAGAUGUCAAGGGAGAAUUAACAUGCUAAUUCAUAAGAAGAAACUGAGUUUCAAGAAGAGUGUCAUGGCUUCUUUCAAAGCCAUGCAGCAGAUUAUUGAAAAAUCUCUGAAAACCGGGAGAGAGCAAAGGCAGGCAUUCUAUCUCAAUUAUUAUCAGAAGUCUCUGGUUGUGUUUCAGAAGUGGGAGCAUCAUUUACAGAAACUGAAGAAAUGUGAAAAGACUAUUGCUACACUGUCCCAAAUGCAAAAGCAGCUUGGUCAGUAUGUGGAGAUGCUGAGGACUGAGAAAAUGAAACAACUACGAACAUUGUAUGAGGCUUUCUUAAAGAGUAUGAGUUCCCUAAAGGAGGAACAAAGAAAGCUGGCCGAGGAACAAGGUGGAUUUACGAAAGAAAUGGCCAUGCUACAGCAAGAAAGCAUGAAGCAAGCUCAUCAAGAUUUAGCCUCGAUUCUGAAGCGUUUCCAACCCCGCCUUGGUGUCGUUUUGAAGAAGAAGCCCAACUGCGGUGGCAUAGCAGAGUUGCACGACCAGCACACGGAGUCAACAAGACUUUAAAAUGCCACCUUCC